AUGGUUGAGACUCCUCCCUACGAGGUAGAUGUCAACAAUGCUACAUGGGAAGAGAUAAAGCGAAUUGGGUCUCCGACCAACACCAGUGUACAAUUGUCGCGUAGAGCUAAUGGAAACAAUAACAUCAGUAUGUCUGGACACACAAACAAUUUGGGUACAAGACCAGCGGAAAACAUGAUAUCAAAGGAGUCUACCAUGACGCCGAGGUAUAACACAUCAACCCCUCAGUUGUCACAACAGGAACCGACACUCGGUGGGUAUGGUAAGCAUGCUAACACGGCAAAUGAUGGUACUCAAUCAUCCCUCACCGGCACACAGCCGGUGAAUAAUACUAGUACUGGUGCUUUACUAGCCAAUAGCGAUACUCGACCAGCGAAUACUGGUGUACAAAAAGCCGGUAGCGCUACUCAGCCAGUGAAUAACGGUGCACAACCAGUAAACAUGGGCACGCGGCCUGCAAUCAACUAUACAAAUGGUACUGGGACCUUGCCAGCAGUUAAAAGCAUGUCAAAUGGUUCGAGAAAUAUGCCGACAAACAGUAAAUCAAAUGAUACGGUGCACCAUAGGACAUCAUCACAUACAUUGCACCCAAACAAUCCGAAUAGGAUUCAUCGACUAGCUAAUGAUGUAACACAUUCAGCUAGUAACGGGACACAUUCAGCCAGAAACGUUAUAUCAGGGAACUCAGCGUUCACACCGAAUGGCACUACACCGACAGGUAUGAUACAACAGCAGACAACGUCUCAACCGGGAUAUAUGAAUACUGUGGAUAGGACUAUACAACCCACCCAACACAUUGCACAGCCGAUCAAUAGUGGCUGGUCAAAGUAUACAGCACACCCGCAGAUGGGUAGUACACCAACUAAUAUGAUACAACAGUUAGACACGCGCCACGAUGGGAACGUAAACAACUCCAACAGGAACGUGUUGUCAGGGAACACCGGUGUAACUCAUUCAGGCAGUAACGGCACAUCCAACGACUCAAGGAUGUCGCUAAACACCUCUAGCUCAACUGCUACGAUGCCACAUCAGACACACCUGACCACGUCUUCUACACACUAUGAGGGUAUGCCUCUACAUAGGUCCAUACAAUCCAAAAGUGCUAACCUACCCGAAAGCAUGAAUAAGCCUAAACUGAUCGGGAAAGGCAUUUCUCCGAAACCGCGUCAGCCGAACACUUCGCAGGGGGGGAUUGCAGGUAGUGGGAAUGCGAUUAACGGAAAUAUGGUACGGUCCAAUCAAGCGCCUCCGCCUGCACCACAUCCUCGGGUGCUUGGAUCGAUCAGGGCUCCGUUAGAUUACAGGACAGAUACGCAUGGUUUAGGUAGAGCCAUUUUGGGCGAGCCACCCAGGCCUGUGAUACUAGAGAGACCGGUGGGCACGCAGAGUCAGGCCAGACGCGACGCUCAGCCCUACAAGUCUCGUGUGGAGCACACACGGCCACCUGCUAUGAAAUCAAACACGAACUCAAGUAGUAUCACCAGCUUACACGGCAGUAUCUACUACAACAGUUCUACUGGCGGUACCACAGGCCCACCCAUGAAUAGCAUCAUUCCCGCAAAUCCGCCUGCAACCACAGAUACGAAUAUGUGGCCGAAUACCGUCACCCAGACUCAUGGGAAUGCAGCUGCACAGGCGAGGUACACCCUUUCUAAUGCCACAGCACCACAGAGAGAUGCCAGUAGCAUACACAAUGGUGCGCCUCAGAGGCCGAUCACGACUGAGCGGGUGGUUAUAGAUGCGGAUCCUGCAAGAGACACCGCAACUCGGGCAUCAGGGGGUGCCACUACGCUUAUGAGCUCGCAUGCGCCUAUGCAUAGGAGUGUGAAUUCGGAUCUGAAUUCCAAUGCGACCGCUAGAGCUGUUGUUAGACCACAGGGUGCCAUGUCUGCUCCAAACCACACCACCGUCAACAACAAUACCAACGGUACUAGAAACACAAUUCAAUCGUCGAGUGUGUUCGGUCCCAGCCAAAGCCACACUGUCCCUAACACGGUGCAGUCAUCGGGUGUGCAGAGUGCCACUCACACCUCGCAAGCGCCAUCGAGUGCGGCGAGCAGGGUUGCCAUGGCAACGGCCGGAAACACGGCCGCCGCAACCCCCCACACCCUCACCCGCACGCCCACCCCCACCGCCGACAACGUCGCUGGAAUACACAACAGUGCAGAGUACACGGCCCGGGUGUGGAAUAGAGUGGCUGGUAUGCCUGCGACGGAUGAACAGAUAGCGCGUGCUGGCCUGGUGGAGGACGUAGCACGUGCGGCGGCGGUGGUGCCGUCGGUCGGGUUAACGGGGCCGACGCGUCUGGAGGUGUAUGAGGACCUGAAGAAUAUUGAGGGGAUCGAGGGUUUGGGUUUGGGUUUGGGUAAGAAUGGGCUGCCGUAUAGCCAGAGUUCGCCUAGUACUGAUACGCCAGCUCCCGUACCUGAGGUGUUUGUGGAAACACCACACAACACUGGCAAUCCCAAACAACUGCCACUUAUGCCGCGGCAAAACUCACUUGCUCUAGGAGAGCACGUAAAGACUCUAAAGCCGGACAGGAAAGUAUUGGAAAAAUUGCCACCCUAUGACGAGGAGACCGCAUUUUAUCUCCUGAUCAGUGCCCAAAAACUCGCGGGGACUCCAUGGUAUGGCACAGUUGAGGAGAUGAGCAAGGAGAUGGAGAGGAAGGGCACGCUGCCACAUCGAUAUGAUAUCAACUUCAAUGUGCGCCAGUACACAGCCGAGGAAUACAUCUGGAGGCACACGUCGGACCCCGAGGUCGCCAUGAAGAGUCUCAUGCAACGCAUCGCUCGCACCCCGAAUACACCUGCGGUUAUCGUACGUAAGGCUGAUACAGCCAAGGCUGCUAGCGAAGAAGGCGUUACUUCCCAGCCACCGAGUAGUACUAUGGCCAAGAGAACAGGGUUCAAACGAAUGGGCCGGGUUCUUCACCACAAUUCCAAGCUGGGCUCGAGCCGAUCGAUGAGAAAUCUGCGAUUCCGUCAGUCGUUCAAGGCGUAUAACCGCAGUGAUCUAGAACGGAGCACCAAGUAUGGGGAACACGGGGCACGCUGGAAGGUUUUUGGCCAUACUCGGCCUAUUUACUGUUGUCUGUACGACCGCACCGGCACUCGAGUCAUCACCGCCGGCGACGAUGGAAAUAUCAAAAUAUGGUCUGCAAUUACUGGGGAGCUAAUGCGCACACUACGUGGUCAUACUCGCGAAGUGGUCGAUAUCUCUAUCAGUAGCGAUAAUACCACGCUAGUGUCAGCCUGUAGGGACAAGGUGACCGUUAUCUGGGAUAUGAUUAAAGGCGAUCAGUUACAGGUCAUCCACAACACCAGCGGUCGAGAGCUGCACAACGUCUUUGUGAGCGCCUCCCCAUACCCCGACAACCAGUACGUGGUGACUAUCGGGGCAGAUGGCACCGCCAGAUUCUACAAGAACACGCUAGGGAGUGCCGACGCGUCCUAUCGGCUGCGAGUGGAGUAUGCCGAGAAGGUGACCAUGAAGGAUCACUUGACGGCCGGUGAUAGCAGCUCGGGCGGAUCCUUUUUCGCCGUGGGCUCCACCCGUGGAGAAAGUUACAUUUACCAUCUUAAACGGGGAUUUGAUCCCGUCAAGCUCGAUGAAUUGCCUGGACACAAGAACAAGAUCGGCACACUCAAGUUUAGUACACGCGGCUGUCGCUUUGCGACGGGUUCGCUGGAUGGCACCGCGAGAGUGUGGGACCUGAAGGAUGGCGUGUGGAUAUCUAACGUAUUGGAUGUACAAGCAUACCUGGUGUGCAAUCCGAUCGGCACUCCUUUUGCGACUGAUCCAAAAACAUUUGGACGAAAGAUUCUGGAUGAAGCAAACAACAAACGGGCGAAGGACUACAUGGCCACGCUAAAGCCAUCCCAGCUGCUAGAUUACCAACAGGUCUCGAUGGUCUGUUUCAAUUGCGACGAUACGAUGGUGAUCACCGCAGUGGGUGACUGCACAGUUAAAGUGUGGAAUCCAAACACAAAGGAACACAUCCAUACCCUCGUUGGUCACGCCAACAUCAUCUACGUACUAGAG